GAUGCGAGGGGGCCGAACACUACGCCGACGACCUUCGACGAGCUUCGCGGCCACGUGGAGGAAGCCGCUCCGUUCCAGGACUGGCACGGCGCCCCCAUGCCUGCGCGCGGCAACGCGCAUGGGGAUGCCGACGCCGAGCUCAGGGGCGACGACGAGAACAUGGGCGCGACCUCGGAGACCGAGACAACCCCGGCCUCUCGGGACAAGCUGGAUUUCCAUGGCGGAGCGUGGGCGACCUGCGACUGGAACGCUGAUCCGCGCGCGGGCGACCGUGCAGAGCGCGACCAGGUGACAACCUACGUCUUCGGGCCAGUUGAAAGACACAUGGGAGACGCUGCUAACACACCUGCCCACCCGUGCGGGGGCCUCAGCGUGACGAACGAACAGAGGGGCCUGGCGCGCGUCGCAAUCCGCCAUCUCUGCAGCUUCACCUCAUACCCAGUGGCCAACGGCCUGACGGACCGAUCCAACCCGCACUACGCAAAGAUGGAGCGCGGGGGCAUCCCCACCUACAUCAAG